GAAGCUGCGCAAAGGCUGCGCAUAAUUGACGCGCGUGAGUCCUAGCCGGCAUGAGCCGGAAAUGUUCUGACGAACUACCCCCGGAGGAGGGGAUGGAGGUGGACUGUACGCCAGAGGACCUGUCGAGGUGUUCGUAUGAGGAGCGCUGUGUGGAGCUGGGAGAGGUGAAGGACAUGAGGCUGGAGGCUGAGGCGGUGGUCAGUGAUGUGCUCUUCGCGGUCACAGACAUGCACGUCUCUCACAGUCUCACCAGCGGACUGGAUGUGGCCUACAUAAACGUGGAGACCAGAGAGGGAAAGCGAUACUGCUUAGAGCUCACUGAGGCAGGGUUAAGGGUGGUGGGACACGUCUUCGAUCAGGUGGAUGAGGAGUUGAGCUCCCAGUAUCAUGAGACUGUUUACUCACUGCUGGAUUCUCUCAGCCCCGGAUACAGAGAAGCAUUUGGAAAUGCUCUGCUACAGAGACUGGAGAGGCUCAAACAAACCGGACAGUGAGGGCUUCAGUAUCAUUCAUAAUAUCUCUGCUCGCUAACAGUUCAGUGCCGCUCUCAGCUUAAAGCAUCAGUGGUACCUUUUUCAGUUUUUAGCCUGUGAUAUGUUUUAACAGAUCUUCUUCUGACUUGCCUGUGAUGUUUUAAAGUAGUUUACUGUUAUUUGGAGAGGUAUCAUUGCUGUGACACAGCGGGCCCAGAUGAAUACUCCAUUUUUAUUCAUAUUUAUGCAAAUGAAAUAACCCUCAGAAAGAGCAACGUGCUGUUUUGAGGACUAUCGGGAAAUGUUUCCUUUAAAAGUACAGCAUGGCUCUUUAAAGUAUUAACAUUAAAAACAUAUCAGAUGCCUUACUACUUUCAUUCAGAUUUCUAACAAUUCCGUUUUCUUUCGUUCAGAAUUCAGUUUGUAGUUGUUAUUUGAAAAUCCUGAUACAUUAUCUUCUCUUCCUUUAGUUUGCUACAGAUAAUUGAAUAUCAGACCCCUUUGUGAAUGUAAAAACACAUCGAUUGCUUCAUUGUUUUCUUUCUCAAUCUGUCAAAAUUAGCAGUAAGGAUUGAAAAGCCAAAAACAUAGUGGUGAUAUCCACUAACACCUCCAAAAAGUCAUUUUUUUAAGAAAAUGGUGACUUUCUUAAACCUGUUUCAAAUAUCAAAGAUGGUGCAUUUUAGCACUGAAACAGAAGCUUUAUACUUUAUAUUUGCAAAAGAGUUGAGCCGAAUCUUUUCCCCCACAAUUACAUUACAUAACAGCAGCAUGUUCGACUUUUUGUUGUAAAGAGAAAGACAGUCCUAUAUCGGAAAGAACAAACAUCUCAUGUAAUAUUGUCCAAUUUUGGUGUUUUUUAAAUAUGGUUUUAAAUAAUGAUUUUUAUUGAAAGAUUUUAAGUUACGCAGAACCCUUGAUUUACUGGUCAAACAAAAUGCUGAGUAUUGCACUAAGUGAGAUAAAGCAGCCAUUUGCUGACUUUGUUUGAAAAGGCUGUGUAAAAAUAUGCUAUUAAGUUACAUUCCAUUUAAGUUCAGUUUUGAGCAGAAGGAAGCGAUUCAUUUAAAUAAAUGCAUUAAUACAGGACGUUGUUGUAUGAUGGGUUUCUACCUCAUGUUGGGUGUUUAUUUUGACCUCUUUAGCAUGCUUGUGAAAUUGAUGUGUGUUUUCAGCUGGCAGGUGAUAAUGGUAUGCUGUUUUGUGAUAAUGGGAGCAAUGGACAGAAUUGGUCGUCUGGUUUUAGCAAAUUCCUGUGAAACCCAAUACUCUCUGUAUCUGUCCCAGACAAACCUGCUAAUAAUUUACAGAAUGUUUGCUUAGAUAACCAAGACGAAAAAGUGUUUUAAUGAUGCACAUGGCACAAAUAACUUCUGUACCUGAAGGAAUGUUGCUUGCUUUUGUUUAAUUGUAAUAAAAAGCACACAUUCAAAUGCUA